AUGAGUAAAUUGUAUCGAGAACGCCAUUCGCUACUGCAGGAUGAAAAUUCAGAUGAAGAAUCACUAAUAAGUAAUACUAGCCCAAAAUUCCAAAGAAGGUUCUAUUAUUCAUCCUCAGGACGUGCUAGUGCACAAGUGAUAGGGGCUGCUUCUAUAAUUAAACGCUGGCCGGAUCAUCUCACAACCUUGCUUACCUAUUGGUGGUUAGGACUCGGUAUGAUAGCGGUAUUAGUUUUCAUUACCUAUAAUACUAUCCUAGCUGUUGCCGCACUCCCUCCAUCUCAUCCUAAACCAUUGAAAACUCUAAACAGCCAAUUGAACUUUAUAAGUAGAUCUCAUGAAAAUUCUGAGGACCGCAAUAUAUACAUGCACGUCUUUGUAAACUGUUAUGAAGACCUAAAAAUUAAUGAUUAUAUGCCUUAUAUUGAGACAUUUUUAAAAAAGUAUCCAAAUUUUACAUAUAACUUUAUUGUAGUCAUCAACGAUGCGUCGAACGAUGCUAUUGAAGAUUUAAGCGAUGAAUUGAAAAACGAACUAGCACUAAAUUCAUUAUGGAACGAAAAGGAAAAUAGUGAUGUACAAUUGUUUAAUAAAAAAUAUCCUCAAGUUAUAUCUUUAAGUAAAUAUAUGGAUGAAUCACCAUUGAAAAAAUAUUGGAGGCGCUUGCCUAAACAAUUUAUCGGAUUUUUGACUCGAUGUAUUGCUAUUUGGAAUAAAGGAGGUAUUGCACUAGAUCCUAUUAUAUUAACACCUAAAUCUCCUAAUCCAAUGUAUAUCGAAAAAUUAGAACAAAUUCUUAGUAGCGGAAAUUUAAAAGUGAAAAAAACUCAUACAAGCAAAAAAUUAUUAAGAAAACCUAAAAAGAAAGUGAAUAAUAUUCAAGAUAUAAUCAAUACACUAGAAAAUGAAGACAAUGUCAAUAGUAUAGAGGAGAAUAUGAUUGAAGCAGAAAAUAUAGACAACGUCUAUAAAGUAAAGAAUCCGUACAAAAAUAAAAUUAAAAGAAAUAUAAAAUUAGCAGAUCAUAAAAAUGACAAUAAAUCAGAGACUUAUGAUAAAAUUUAUGAAAACAAUCCUCAUAAAUUGAAAAACGAAAAUGAUUAUUUAUCUCUUACUUCUAAAGAAAAUGAAAAACAAGCUUUUGAAGAUACAACGACUAAGCAAGGCCUUCUUCCAAUGUUUUUAAAAUAUCUUUUUCAUCAAGAACCUACAAUUUUCAAAAAGUACUCCCUGAGUACAAAAAACAUUACCAAAAAUGACACACAUGAUGACAUUUCAAACAGUCUUGUAACAAGUUCUCCAAUACUAAACACUUCUAGAGAUAUGAUUCCAAAUACUCAGUCGAUAGAUAUUUAUAACAAAAUUAGUAUUAAUAAUAAUCAUAACAAAAGCGGAGCAUUGUUAACCUUAGACUUAGAAGCAAAUUUGAUUGCAACUGAAACACCUUGUCAUGCUUUUAUUGGAACAAUUUUUAGCAAUGUUAUUCAUUACACUAAUGAAGAAUCUAUAAGAGAUCUUAUUAUUACUGAAUUGUCACUAUUCUGUAAAGGAACGUUGUCUUCAUGUAAAGGCAUCGAAGUCAUUUUAUUA